AUGGGCUUUUAUAUCCCGCAUCAUGCAGUUUUGGGGAAGUUUCGCGUUGUGUUCAAUGCCUCGGCGAGAACUACAACCGGCGUCUCCCUGAACGAAGUUCAGCUGGUAGGAACGACAAUACAAGAUCCGCUACUUAACAUAAUAUUUCGCUUUCGCCGCUUUCGCAUCGCAUUGUCUGCCGAUGUUGAGAAGAUGUUUCGACAGGUACUUGUUAAACCCGAGCAUAGAGAUUUUCAGCGCAUUAUUUGGAGAGAGUCCCCAACCGAUGACAUCACUAUAUACCGCCUUACAACGGUGACUUAUGGUAUGGCUAGCAGUCCCUACAACGCGGUCCGCGCACUCAACCAAUGCGCAUACGACAACUACAAAGUGGUCGCUGAUAGUCAACAAUCGAUAGCGGCACGCGAUGCGAUCUUGUCGUCUUUUUAUGUCGACGAUUUUCUUACCAGCUGUGACACUGAAGAAAAUGCAACUGAACUUGCAUUCAACGUGACUUCCAUAUUGUCUGAAGGCCACUUCCAUUUGGGUAAAUGGAAUUCCAAUAGUGGUGAAGUAUUAGCACGCUUGAUUGGCAACCGUUCUCCUAACGUAGAGAUGACCAUCGAAUCACCAACAGCAACUGUACUUGGGCUUCGAUGGGAUGCAGCAGCAGAUGAGCUAUUUUUCAAGGUAGAUCUGAAAGAGAGCUUAGGCUUCCUAACGAAGAGACGGGUACUAAGUGCCGUCGCAAAAUUAUUCGACCCUACCGGCAUACUGGCACCAGUUGUUAUUACUGGAAAAAUAUUUAUACAAAAGUUGUGGGCUGCUGGCUUGUCGUGGGACGAACCACUGCCAGAUGAACUUCAAACCACCUGGGUAGCCUUUUACAGCGAACUCGACGUAAUAAACAAAAUCCGGAUUCCGCGAUGGUUAGGUAUGGCUGAAGGAAGAGCUACUACCCUGCUAGGAUUUUGCGAUGCCAGUACGCUCGCGUAUGCAGCUGUAAUAUAUAUUAGAGCCACAGAUGCGGAAGGUCAUUCAGCUGUAUCACUGCUUACGGCUCGUACCAAGGUGGCGCCCCUUAAAGGAGCAACGAUCCCGCGUCUGGAGCUUUGUGCCGCACAUUUGCUCGCUGUUACCCUCGAAAACGUACGUAUUUCCUUCAGAUUAACAGAUACUCCUUAUUACCACUGGUCUGAUUCUCGGAUUGUGUUGUGUUGGCUACGCAAGCCGCCCACUACUCUAAAGCCGUUUGUGUCGAACCGGGUGCAUCAAAUACAUGAGUUAACCUCACCAAACUGUUGGCAUUAUGUAAGAUCAGCUCAGAAUCCGGCAGAUUACGCCAGUAGAGGUAUUCGGGCAUCGCAGCUGCUGGAUCAUCCNCGCAAUGUUACGCUUCGGACGGCGAGCGGCACCAUGACCCGGGCAGUACACAAACUAUGUCGGCUUCUUGAUAGCGAACAUUUCGAGUCCACGGCCUCGACCGGGCAGGAUGUGCAGAAUUCGACUGAUCUGGCCACCACUUAA